UUUAAAGAUUAUUAGGGGAAAACUCUCUCUCUUCUGUUUCAAAACGAAAAGGGAAUCAAUCAUUUUGUAAUGGACGCAUUGGGUGGUUUCUGGGGAUUGAACGGCUUCAAUCACCGGAGGAAGAAGAACAACUCUUCCGGCGAUAGGCGCAAUCAGCGGAAGUCCGGAUCGUCUGAUUCCGUCGACGUGAGCAGAGACGCCGCCGGUUAUCAGUUUCCGUUAAAGCAAGCUGUGACGGCCGGCGCGCUCACUUUCACCGGUGACACGAUCGCUCAGUUAUCAGGGAGGUGGAAGAAGAGAGCCGCCGCUCUUAAGCAAUCGUCUUCUGAUAAACCAGACCAGGAGGAACUGUGGAACCUUUUCUCAGAACAUGAUUGGGUUCGUGCACUACGGAUGAGUACUUACGGGUUUCUCUUGUACGGUCCUGGUUCUUAUGCAUGGUAUCAAUACCUUGACCGUUCUUUGCCAAAACCAACCGCGACCAAUAUAGUGCUUAAGGUUCUGCUUAACCAAGUGAUCCUUGGUCCAUCUGUGAUCGCUGUUAUAUUUGCUUGGAACAACUUGUGGCUGGGAAAAAUCUCUGAGCUUGGAAACAAGUAUCAGAAAGAUGCUCUUCCAACGCUCCUUUAUGGCUUUCGCUUCUGGGUUCCUGUUAGCAUACUUAACUUUUGGGUAGUACCGCUUCAAGCUCGUGUAGCGUUCAUGUCAAUGGGUUCUGUGUUCUGGAACUUCUACUUGUCUUCAACUUUGAGCAAGUAGAUGCACAGAGAUUUAUCUUCAGCCUCACUGACUGAUGAUAAUAUCAAAGCUUCCAAUGCUAAAGUGAAGCAGGAACUCGUCAAGAAGCCCUUUAAAACCUCUAUCAAAUUUGUCUCGUUUUCUAUGGUUUUCUAGAGAAAUACAGUAAAAAUAUAUUGGGAAGAAAUUAUCUCUUUUGUAGUAAUUAUUGCUUAUUUUAAAAAAAAAUCUAAAUAAUAUUGUUAUUGAAGAAUAAUUAAGCAUUUGUUGGAUUUAUGUAUUUUUAAUA